AUGUCUGAUUUGUCAUUCUGUCAAACUCAUAAAAUUCUUGUAUAUCAAGAUAUUGCUUGGACAAUAGAAUUAUCUGAAAGAAGGUCAAUACUUGUUCGUUCAGAAAUUAUAGAUGAAAAUAAAAUUACACAAUGUCCUACAAUUACAAUUGAAAAAUAUAAUAAAUGUUAUGUUUUAGGAUAUGGACAAUGUAGAAGAGAUCCUCCUAUUGCAUCUUCAAUACUAAAGAGAACAAUAUUAUCUGAUGUUUUUUGGUUAAAAUCAACAAGUUAUCCUGGUAGAAUAUGGGUUCAUAAAAGAUUUUUAAUGAAUGAAGCGGAAAAUAUGAUUCAAAAAUUACUUAGUACUACCAAUGUUUACAUUGUUUAUCCAGGAAUGGAAAGUACUAUUACUAAACCAUUAUUUAAAAGAAAUAAUCAAAUAUUUAAAUCAGUUGAACAAUUAAAUACACAAAACCAAACAAAUUCACCAUUUAAACCAAUUGUUAAUCAAGUAAAAAUUACAGAAAAUAAUCUUAUUAUUGAACCUAUUUGUUCUCUUAAAGAAGUUUCAAAUUCAAUUAAAACAAUGUUACCUUCACUUCCAAAUCCAUUCUUUACUAAGUUAAAAGAAAUAAAAGAAGAGAAAAAAGAUGAAAUUCCACAUUCAUUUAAUUCAACACAAAUAACAAUGAAUAUUAAUUGUAAAAAACAAGAAAAAAUACAAAUUCUUUCAGUAAAAAUAAUUAAAUCAAUAUUUACUAUAGGUUCAGAAUUUCUUGGACCAACAUUAAUUUGUGUUAAAGUAAUAGCAGAAGGAUUAUUUGGUACAUUAAAUAAUUUUCCAUUAAAAAUACAAAGUCCAGAAGAAAUGAAAGGAUAUACUAAUGACUUUCUUAAAAUUAUUACAAAUUCAUUUAUUAAACCUGAAUCAUAUUUAAUAAGUGGAAUUUUUGUAUUUGGAAUUGAAUAUGCACAACUUAAAAAAAUUUGGGAUUUAAGAAUGAAAAAUAAAGAAGCUGUAAAUCAAUUAAUAACUGAUAUGAAAAAAUAUUUUCAAAUAAUAUCAUUUUGUUUUACAGAUUCAUUUAGAGAAUAUAUUGAAAAUGUGUUUAAAAAUUCUUUAAUUCCAUCAGAAUUUGAUAUUUUCCAUUUCUUUAAAUCAGAUAUUGAAUUAUUUAAAUGGAAUAUUGAACAAACAGAAUAUUUAUCUAAAAGAUUUACUUAUAAAUAA